AUGGCUUCCCGGAACGAAAACGAUGACAUUCCCAUGCUUCCAAUUUCAGACUCAUCGUCUCGCACUUCCUGGACUCGUAGCGUUUCACUCUCAAACCCUACUUCCUCCAUUGACGGAUUCGACAACUCGAGUGUGGUUUUAGGCCACACAGGUUCUCUUCGAACCCAGAGAAGACGACCUCCUUCAUUGCAAAUGAGCGGUCCUCUUUACUCUGCUCGCAGGCCUGAAUCUUUCUUUCCUCCUUCUCCUAUUCAACCUCCUGAUUCCUCUAUCGUUGAAAUUCCAUCUGAACUUAAUGAAUUCAUCUUGACUCACGCAAAUAGCUUGAGAUCUGGACACUUGGGUAUGUGUAAUGAUCCUUACUGUACCACUUGCCCUUCUUACUACAACCGCCAAGCUGCCCAAAGCCCCACUUCCAGCGAUUCUGCCAUUUUUUCGGAGUUACGUAAUGCUCUGUAUGAUGUGGCUAAAGGCUGGGCUAGGCGAUUUGCUUCAUCUGUCAAUAGACGCUUGCCUGGAAUCAUGAAUCCUCAUUCCAAAUUCGUUCAAAGCUGGACUAAAUUCUUUGCCCUCUCAUGUUUGUUGGCCAUUUUCAUAGAUCCCCUCUUCUUCUUCCUCAUAUUAGUCCAACAGAACAACAAAUGCAUUGUGAUCGAUUGGCCUAUGGCUAAAGCGUUUGUAGCUGUUAGAACUUUAACGGAUGUUCUGUUCUCUGUGAACAUUCUGCUUCAGUUCCGAUUGGCCUAUGUAGCUCGUGAGCCUAAUGUAGUUGGUGCUGGCCAGUUGGUUGAUAACCCAAGAAAAAUUGCUCGCCAUUACUUCCGAGGAAAGUAUUUCCUUGACUUGUUCAUAGUGAUGCCUCUUCCACAGAUAUUGAUAUUAUGGAUAAUACCAGCACACUUAGGCACAUCUGGGGCAAACUAUGGAGAAAACCUUUUACGCACUGCAGUUCUGUUCCAGUACAUUCCAAAGUUAUAUAGAGUUCUACCACUUCUUGUUGGUCAAACACCGACGGGCUAUAUAUUUGAGUCAGCUCGGUCUAAUUUUGUUAUUAAUCUUCUCACGUUCAUGCUGGCUGGACAUGUUGUUGGCUCUUGCUGGUAUCUUUUUGGUCUACUGAGAGUUAACCAAUGCCUUCGUAUUGCCUGUGGUAAUUCUGAGCGUACGUGUAGAGAUCUUAUAGAUUGUGGUCGUGGAGAUGACGAUAUGUCGUUAGCUGCGUGGAGAAAUAAUGCGAGUGCCAUUGCUUGUUUUCAAGAGGAUGGUUUUCCUUAUGGAAUCUACUCAAAGGCAGUCAAUCUUACCAACCAUACUAGUCUCUUCACAAGAUACAGUUACUCUCUUUUCUGGGGUUUCCAGCAAAUCAGCACGCUUGCUGGAAACCAAGUCCCAAGUUACUUUCUGGGGGAGGUCUUCUUUACUAUGGGCAUUAUGGGACUGGGGCUUUUGGUUUUCGCGCUUCUUAUUGGUAAUAUGCAGACCUUCCUUCAAUCACUCGUUCGAAGGAAUUUGGAAUUUACGGAAAUGACGCUAAGGCGGCGUAAUGUGGAGCAGUGGAUGAGCCAUAGACGGUUGCCAGAAGGUAUAAGAAUGAGGGUGCGAGAGGCUGAGAGGUUCAACUGGGCUGCUACCAGAGGAGUUAACGAAGAAUUGGUCUUUGAGACCAUGCCUGAUGACCUUCAAAGAGAAGAAUUGGUCUUUGAGACCAUGCCUGAUGACCUUCAAAGAGAUAUAAGACGACACCUCUUCAAAUUUCUCAAGAACGUGAGGAUAUUUUCGUUGAUGGAUGAAACAAUCUUGGAUACCAUCCGUGAGAGGCUGAAACCAAGGGCAUACAUAGGGAGUAGCGCGGUGUUCCACCCAGGAGGACUAGUUGAGAAAAUGGUAUUCAUAGUGAGAGGUGAGAUGGAGAGCAUUGGAGAAGACGGUUCUGUUCUUCCUUUAUCAGAAGGAGACGUUUGUGGUGAAGAACUCCUCACUUGGUGCCUCGAACGAAACCCCGAUGGAACGAGGAUAAGGUUGCCAUCGAAGAGAUUGCUUAGCAACAGAAAUGUCAGGUGCGUGACAAACGUGGAGGCGUUUUCGCUGAGUGUAGCAGAUCUUGAAGACGUGACGAGCUUGUUCUCGAGUUUCCUAGGGAGCGAUAGAGUGCAAGGAGCUAUAAGAUACGAGUCUCCUUAUUGGAGGCUGCGAGCGGCAAGGCAGAUUCAAGUGGCUUGGAGAUACCGAAGGAGACGUCUUCAGAGAUUAUACUCUGCUCAAUCCAGUUCCAGCCGUUAG